GAGCGUAUCUAUUUAGUGUAGUCUAACUUAGUUUAUUAUUAUUAUUAUUAUUAUUAAGAAUUUAAACUGUGUCUUUGUCUUAUUUAGCUGUCAAAUGUUCGGAAACUGUUGUGACACGACAAAACUAAAUAAGCUGCUAGUAGCCUACGUAGUGUAGCAUAGCCGACUACUUGUACGAAGCGCUUCGUAACGUUAGAUCGUUCAGAAGCGUAUCUUCUCUUCUACACUAAUUCCGCCCAUUCUCUCUUGACAGCUCCGUCUUUCACCAACACACUCAUUGCGCUCGUUUUCCUGCGCGAGACCCUCCCCAAGAGACAUGCUCAAUCUCUUAAAUAUAAAUUUUCUCCUAAAAUCACCACUGGUUUCAUUAAACAAGUUUUCCGAGAUCUAAACGACACGCGCGCGUUUCUAAUUUUUACCCGAACGGACAAACUCUUGAAUUUGGAUUGUGGAGAUGGAGACGCGAGCUGUUUUGUUUUAUUCCUUUUUAGCGGUUUUCAUCGGUCCAUGUUGGGGGACUUUAAUGAACUGCGAUGAAGUGCGUAAAGUUUUUCAACUCAAGCAAAUCGGACCUGUAAAAUCACUCCCUGAAACACCGAGAACAGGUUCAGACCUCCAGGUUUGUUUAUCAAAAAAUGUGACGUGCUGCACUAAGAAGAUGGAGGAGCGUUACCAGGUGGCGGCACGACGGGACAUCCAGAACCUUCUCCAGACAUCCAGCUCAAGUCUGAAGUUCCUCAUCUCUCGCAAUGUGGCUGCGUUUCAAGAAACCGUGGACUCCCUGGUGCGUCAGGCGGAGAACCACACUCACACCGUCCUCCUCCACACGUACCGGGACCUGGCCGGUGCCGCGGCGGCGCCCGUGGGGGAGUUCUUCACGGAUGUGGGGCUGUUCGUGUUGGGCUCCGAGCUCAGCCUGGAAGAAGCUUCACAGCGCUUUUUCGACGCCCUGUUCCCUCUGGUUUACGAGCGACUGGUCGAGCCGGGUCUGUCCCGCUUGUCUCCGGCGUACGCCGAGUGUGUCCGCGGCGCGUGUCGGGAUCUGGUGCCGUACGGUGCCGCCCCGGGCCGGCUCGCCACUUACAUCUCCCGCGCCUCUCUGCCGGGACGGCUGUUUCUGCAGGCGCUUCACCUGGGCAUCGAGGUCAUCAACACCACCGACCACAUUCAGCUCAGCCGCGAGUGCAGACGUGGCCUUCUGAGGAUGAGCUACUGUCCGCACUGCCAGGGUCUGACCGCCAGCAAGCCCUGCAUGGGUUACUGCCUCAACGUGGUGCGAGGGUGUCUCGCCAGCCUGGCUGAAGUGGACGCCCACUGGAGGGAGUUUGUGCGGUCGCUAGAGACCCUCUCCACCCGCAUGCACGGGGCACAAGACCUGGAGCAAGUGCUUCUGGGAGUCCACGGGCUGGUGAGGGACGCAGUGGCCCACGCACAGAGGAACGGACCCCGGCUUUCUGCUAAGGUGCAUGAUGUGUGUGGUCACCCCAGCAGACAGACGGAGCAGGUCAGCCGCGUUCAGCACAACAGAGACUCCAUUCCUCUGAAAGCAGCGGCCAGAAACUCAGAGAACACACUCAGCAACUGGAGGAAAGACUUCCUCAGCAGCCUGCGUCUGUACCGCACGUUCUACGGUGGCCUGGCGGACCUGCUGUGUGUGAGCGAUCUGGGCUCUGGAGACGGACUGGCCUGCUGGAACGGAGCUGAAGUUGACAAAGGGUACAAAUCUAUC